AUGGCCAACAUCGGUCGCUUCUUCUGCGUGGCUUUGCCAUUCAUUCUCACACUCCUGAGUUUGAUCCUUCUCUUGGCAGCCGGUCUUUCGGGCAUCACCAACAAAGCGCUUUACAUGUUCCAAGCCGAUGUUAGCGAACUCUCGAUCGGCCAAGACGUAAUAACAUCGCUUCUCAACAGCCGUGACCUUGCCGCCCGCAACAUUAUCGACGACGUCACCGAUCUAAUCAACGGAGACAAUGCGUCGGCUGCCUCCAGCGGCAGUGGUACCAACAUCACCGCUGGUGACCUCGGCCUCGCUGACCACUACAACGUCGGCCUGUGGGGAUUCUGCACCACCAGUGCCGAUGGCUCCAACCGCAAGUGCACCAAGCCCAAGUACAACUGGGCUGCCACUUUCCUGAACACCAACAUCAUCGACAAGUUCAACCAGGUUGCCGGUGGAAAGAUUGAGAUUCCCGAUGAAGUUGGCCAUGCCAUUAACGCCUUCAUCACCGUGUCUCGCUGGACCCAGAUUGUCUUCAUCGCCGCCUUCGCCGCCCUCGCUGCUCAGCUUCUUGUCGGCCUCUUCGCUAGCUGCACACGCAUUGCGUCCUGCCUAACUUUCCUCGUCGCCGGUAUCUCGAGCGUCGCCGUCAUCGCCGCCGCCAGCUUGUCCACCGCCACUUCAGUGAUCAUUGUGGGAGCUGUCAAGGGCACUGGCGUCCUCUAUGGCGCUGAUGCCUCGUUCAACACUACCUACCUCGCUCUUGUCUGGGCAGCCGCCGCCUUUGCCAUCGGCGCCGGUUUCUUCUGGCUCUUCACCAUCUGCUGCUGUGCUCCUGAUCACACCAAGCGCCGGUCUAAGCGCAGCGGUGACAACGAGAAGGCUAUGGGCACCGGCGCGUACCAGCCCCUCAACGACCCCCAUGACUACAACAACAGGAACAGCUACUACAACCAGCAGACUGGCUACGCUGCCCCUACCUACCCUAACGCCGCUCAACGUGACACCGCGUACGAGCCCUACUCUCACCGAUAA